GUGGGGCGCGCGAACCCAUCGGCUGUGUGAAAUGGCGGCUCUGGUUUAAACACACUGAAGCGAUUCCGGUGAAUUUCGCAGAGGUCUCAGAACGGUUUGCUUCUUUUGGAUCUGGCAGACAGUCACUCAGAGGGAGAGAUCGGAACGUAUCUCGUAUUACAGGUGUGAUGGCGAAGAGGAUCGCUGAUAAAGAGCUAACAGACAGGAACUGGGAUCAGGAGGAAGAGGGAGAGGAGGCCGGGACGUUUUCAAUUGCAAGUGAGGAUGUGUUGAAGAAUCGAGCGAUAAAGAAGGCCAAACGCAGAAACACUGGAGGAGAGAGCGAAGGGGGAGGAGCUUUCAAAGGUUUUAAAGGCUUUUCUAUGACCACGGCCUCUACGUCUCUUACUGCGUUCUCUGGGUUUGGGAAUGCUGGGAGCUUUAAAGGCUUCGGAGGUCUGAGCAACGGGAACAGCACGACUCCCCCAUUCGAGGGUUUCUCGUCCCCUGCAAAGCCCCUUGCUGCAACCGGUGUAAUGUUCAACGGGCCGUCCUCCACCCAGCCUACCGCCGACAUCACCACCCAGCAGACCAACGGCUCCGCCCCCAGCCCGACUCAGAGCUCCUGCAGCAGCAUCAAGGAGUACAGCCGGCAGCUCACAGCGCUCAACUGCUCGGUGCGCGACUGGAUCACCAAGCAUGUGAACAACAACCCUCUCUGCGACCUCAACCCCAUCUUCAGGGAUUACGAGCGGCACCUCGUCAGCAUUGAGCGGAAGUAUGGAGCCGCCUCUGCUGAUGGUGGCUUGGAGGAGAAGAAGCAAGGAGCCACAUCCACCCCUCUUGCUCCCUCCAGUAGCUCAGCAGCUCAAUCAGCUGCUUUGUUCUCCUUCACCAAAACCACGACAGAAGAUGCAACUCAGAAAAGCUCCAGCUCAGCUCCACUCCCUGCUGGCGUCACCUUUAACUUCGGAGGGAAGGUGGACAGCUCAGUCCUGGGAUCCAUAGCGUCCAAACCAUCCAUCCCCAGCUUCUCCUUCUCGUCCUCCUCUAGUCAGCCCUCCCUGUUUGGGGCUCCAGGACCUGCUGCUCCACUGUCCUUCGGUGGGACCAAAACCGAAAAUGCUCCGGCUGCAGACGACAACAGAGACGACGAGUCGGAGGAGCCUCCAAAACCAGAGGUGAAGGAGGUCAAAGAGAACGACGCUUUCUACUCAAAGAAGUGUAAAUUAUUCUACAAGAAGGAGUCAGAGUUCAAGGAGAAAGGAGUGGGAACGCUGCACCUCAAACGCACCGACGAGGGGAAGAUGCAGAUGAUCGUCCGAGCCGACACCAAUCUGGGGAACAUCCUGCUCAACAUCAUCGUACCGCCCACUAUGCCGUGCUCGCGGGUUGGGAAAAACAACGUGAUGGUGAUCUGUGUCCCAAACCCGCCCAUCAACGACACGAACGCGAGCACACCUGUCCCCCUUCUGAUCCGAGUAAAAACCGCUGAGGACGCCGACGGGCUCCACAAGACCCUGGAGGAGAAGAAAGGCUAAGCCGCCUCCCCCUUCGAACCAACCAGCACCGCCCUCCCUGAGCUUUUAACAGACCCAACCCGAUCACUCUCACGCUCUGUUGUACCAACUCAUCCUGGUAGAUCAGCUGUUCAGUCAUCAUGCUGUGAAAUGUUUUUGUUUUUAAAUCUGGAGCAGGUCGUCGUGCGACUACAUUCCCUCUGGUUCCACGCCGCUGUCCCAGCUUUACUGUUUUAAUCCGGACGUCAAGGGACUGAAGCGUGAAUCCAGACGAGUCGGUUUCUUGGUGGGGGGGUCUCCAAAGGGCCAGUCGAUUUGGUUUUACAAAUUAAACACCUGCAGUAACAGUUAAUUUUUUUAUAUAUAUUUUAACGAUUGUUUAGAGUGAAACUGCUGAGUGAAUGUUCUGGAAACUAUUUAUUGUCUGCAGGACUUUUGCUCUGACAGAAGCUCGAUUGAAACGGUGAGGAAGUGUGAAACUGUGUUGUUCUGUAAACACGAACUGUGGCUUUCCAAGUGUCCUUUGUUUGGCCUGCAGGAUGAGACUCUGUCAUCGUCUGGCAACAUUUGUAAAGAAUAAAAGGAAACAAAUAA